GGGCGCAGUGCGAGCGGCUUCCGUCUCUUUAUUGAACAGUGCUACAGCUUACUGAACAUAACAGAACGUUUACUGAACAGUCGUACUGUUGACUGACUGAACAUUGAAAUAACAAUGGUCGCCGAAAAUUACAGCUGAAAGUGUUUUCCUGAGCCAUGUGCUGCAUGACACAAAGCAGUUGAACAGCCAGUGCUGAAAUGUUGAAAAAAGAAUCGAAGACCAAGAUGUCUGAGGAGAGCAGCACCGGCGGAGGCGGAGGCGAGGGGCAGUUCAACUUAGAAGGCAUCCUAAGCGAGCUGGGCAGCUUCGGCAAGUACCAGCUGUUGCUGCUGCUACUGCUCGCCUUCCGCGAUUCCUUCCUCAACAUGUGCAAUUUCAACUACGUCUUCACAGCCGCUGAAGUCUCUUACAGGUGUCACGUGCCAGAAUGUGAAACAUCGGAUAUCAGUUUCAAUGCGAGCUGGGUGACGUCGAUCCUGUCGAACAGAUCGGAAGCAUGCCACAGACUAACGCCCCACAGUGCAGACAGAGUGGAGGGCUUGUGGAACCAUUUGAAGGCCGACAACAGCAACUGCUCUUUGCGGAUGUUCGACGAGAAGGUGACGAUGCCCUGCGAGAAGAUUGUGUAUGAAAACUACAAUAGUAUUGUUGCGGAGUUCGACCUGGGUUGCCAGCCAUGGAAGCGGACUCUGAUAGGCACGGUUCAUAACUUAGGACUUGUCUUUUCAUUUAUCAUGUCAGGUGUUAUAUCGGAUAGGUACGGUCGUAAGGUGAUAAUUGUGGGUACCCCGCUGAUGGUGGGCGCGUCGGGACUCCUCAAGUCCUUCUCUGUUAAUUACUGGAUGCUGUUGGUCCUCGAGUUUCUGGAGACAGCGCUGGGAUACGGGAAUGCAUCUCUUGUAUUAUCACUCGAAACAGUCAGUCAAAAGAGCAGGGUAGUAUACUCCUGUAUAUCGGAUAUCCUCUCAAACUUCGGUGGUGCGUUCUUCGGUCUGAUAGCCUGGAAGAUCCCCUACUGGCGGCACAUGAUGAGAGCGAUUUACGCUCCCCUACUGGUGGUCGUCUUCUAUAUAUUCUUGGUAGAUGAAGGCGUCCGGUGGCUGCUAGCUCAUAAUAAAAAAGACGAAGCAGUAAGGGUGCUGAACAAAGUGGCAAAGAUCAAUAAUAUUACAUUAUCGAACAAAGCGAAAGAGAUGCUCACUAAAAUAACUGAAGAGAAGAACAAAGCUGAUCAGAUGGUUCAAACACGUUCUGAAGACCCACCUCCCAUUUUUUCGGUGCUCCGCUCAAAGAAGAUAGUCCUCCGCAUCGCGCUGAUCUCCGUCAGUUUCUUCUGCUGCAUGUUCGUGUACAGCGGCGCCAUCAUCAACUCGACGAGCAUCUCAGGCAACAAGUACCUCAACUUCUCCGCCAUGAUGCUGGUGGCUAUUCCCACGCGCAUCAUCACGGCGCUCACUCUCACCAGGUUCGGUAGGAAGACGCCGAUCUGUGUCGCCUACUGUCUUUGUGCUGCAUUCUUCAUGGCUUCGGCGUUUGUACCUAAAUCAAUGUGGUGGGCAUCGAUCGUGUUCUACCUGGCGGGUAAGAUGUGCAGCAGCUAUGGACUGUUCUCCAUGCUGGUGGUGACGAUGGAAGUGUUCCCAACCACCUCGCGCAACUCCCUCACCAACGUUGCCAACACCUUCGGACGCCUCGGAUCCGUGCUCGCGCCCCAAGCACCACUUCUGGGUCAAUACAUGUCAGGUCUACCCAGCGUUGUGUUCGCUCUAGUGGCGUUAGGUCCCGCAGUACUGGCGCUUCUAUUGCCCGACACAAGUCGGACGCCUUUGCCCGACCGGGUCGUUGACGCUGAACGACUCGAUGAGUCGCCCGACCAACUCGGACAACUAGAGGGGGUAACGACAUCCUAACAGUAGUGUUUUGACUAAUUAGUCAAUACAAGUACUGCACUAUUUACUACUCUGGCUCACUUUUACGUUGUCAUGUAAUGUCAUGCCGUGUUGAUAAUAAAUCUCACCGAAAAAGAAAUGAACAAAUUUAACAUCAAGUGUUAAGUGACGUCAUACAAUGUGACAUUGACAAUAAGUGUAAAAUAAAAGGAUUUUUAAG